GUGGUCUCUCGGUUGGUAUGCCCUCAUACGUGGUUCAGGAAGAGUUCGAUCGGUACAUCGGUUACUGGUGGCGACCGUCCCCGAACAAGGAACAUGCUGCCCAACACGAGACCAGACAAUACCACAUUCUUUACGAAUUGGUUGACGAACGCCAGGUGGAAGUGGUUCAUCUGUUAGAUGGGACUCAGGUCGAAACACAUCGCUAUCCUCGGGCUGGUAAGUUCAACUUCUUGUGCGUCGUAUUGCCUUAUCAUGCCCGCCCACACCCGCAUGGAAGCGGUGCUCUUGUUGUGACUUACCGCCUCGUGAACUUCUCUUGGCGGUGCUAA